CCUGUCCCCUUGGUUUCUUUAAAGUAUCUGUGGGAAAUGACCCCUGCCGUCUAUGCCCUGCCCACAGCCACGCUCCACUGCCAGGUUCCAGUGAAUGUGUGUGUCAGAACAGCUACUAUCGAUCUGCUUCAGACAAUUUUGAUGCUCCCUGCACUGGCAUACCCUCUGCUCCCCGUGACCUUAGCUAUGAAGUUGUUGGCUCCAACGUGCUCCUGACCUGGCGCCUCCCCAAGGACCUGGGUGGCCGCAAGGAUGUUUUCUUCAAUGUCAUCUGCAAAGUGUGCCCAGCAGGGUCCUCAGGGCCAUGCAUGCGCUGUGAGGACAGUGUACAAUUUGAACCACGGCAAGUGGGCCUGACAGAAAGUCGCGUGCAAGUCUCCAACCUCUUGGCUCGUGUGCAGUACACCUUUGAGAUCCAGGCUGUCAACUUGGUGACUGAAUUGAGUUCAGAAGCACCUCACUAUGCCACCAUCAAUGUUAGCACAAGCCAGUCAGUCCCCUCUGCUGUCCCUAUGAUGCAUCAGGUGAGUCGUACUACCAGUAGCAUCACACUGUCAUGGCCUCAGCCAGACCAGCCUAAUGGGAUCAUCCUGGAUUACCAGCUACGCUACUUUGACAAGGCAGAAGAUGAGGAUAAUUCUUUUACCUUGACUAGUGAAACCAACAUGGCCACCAUAUCAAAUCUGAGCCCAGGCAAGAUCUAUGCCUUCCAAGUACGAGCUAGAACAGCAGUGGGCUAUGGCCCAUAUAGUGGAAAGAUGUAUUUCCAGACUUUAAUGGGAGGGGAGCACUCGGAGAUGGUUCAAGACCGACUGCCGCUCAUCGUGGGCUCAGCGCUUGGUGGUCUAGCCUUCUUGGUAAUUGCUGCCAUUGCCAUCCUUGCCAUCAUCUUCAAGAGUAAAAGGCGAGACACUCCGUAUACAGACCGCCUCCAGCAGUAUAUCAGUGCACGAGGACUUGGAGUGAAGUAUUACAUUGAUCCUUCAACCUAUGAAGAUCCCAAUGAAGCUAUUCGAGAAUUUGCCAAGGAGAUUGAUGUGUCCUUCAUCAAGAUUGAGGAGGUCAUUGGAUCAGGAGAGUUUGGAGAGGUGUGCUUUGGUCGCCUAAAACACCCAGGGAAGCGUGAAUACACAGUAGCUAUUAAGACCCUGAAGUCAGGUUACACAGAUGAACAGCGGCGGGAGUUCCUGAGUGAGGCCAGCAUCAUGGGUCAAUUUGAGCAUCCCAAUGUCAUCCAUCUGGAGGGUGUGGUCACCAAAAGCCGGCCAGUAAUGAUCGUCACAGAGUUCAUGGAGAAUGGAUCACUGGAUUCUUUCCUCAGGCAGAAGGAGGGACAGUUCAGUGUGUUACAGCUGGUGGGAAUGCUACGGGGGAUUGCAGCUGGCAUGCGCUACCUCUCAGACAUGAACUAUGUGCAUCGUGACCUGGCAGCACGUAACAUUUUAGUCAACAGUAACCUUGUGUGCAAGGUGUCAGACUUUGGUUUGUCCCGCUUUCUGGAGGAUGAUGCUUCAAAUCCUACCUAUACUGGAGCUCUGGGCUGCAAAAUCCCCAUCCGUUGGACUGCCCCUGAAGCUGUCCAGUAUCGCAAGUUCACCUCCUCCAGUGAUGUCUGGAGCUAUGGCAUUGUCAUGUGGGAGGUGAUGUCCUAUGGCGAGAGGCCUUACUGGGACAUGUCCAAUCAGGAUGUAAUUAAUGCCAUUGACCAGGACUACCGCCUGCCACCACCCCCAGACUGCCCAACUGUUUUGCACUUGCUGAUGCUUGACUGCUGGCAGAAGGAGCGGGUCCAGAGACCCAAGUUUGAGCAAAUAGUCAGUGCCCUAGAUAAGAUGAUCCGCAAGCCAUCUGCCCUCAAAGCCACUGGCAUUGGGAGCAGCAGACCAUCUCAGCCUCUCCUGAGCAACUGUCCUCCAGAUUUCCCUUCACUCAGCAAUGCCCAUGAGUGGCUGGAUGCUAUCAAAAUGGGCUGUUACAAGGAGAAUUUUGACCAGGCUGGGCUGAUUACAUUUGAUGUCAUAUCACGCAUGACUCUGGAAGAUAUCCAGCAUAUUGGCAUCACCCUCGUUGGUCACCAGAAAAAGAUUCUAAACAGCAUCCAGCUCAUGCGAGUCCAUUUGAAUCAGCUUGAACCAGUUGAAGUGUGAUGUUUACAUCAUCCUUAUUCCACUAGUCUCAAACUCUGGAAAGGUUCUGGGGUAAUUCAGAGGGAUUUUCUCUGUAAGAAAAAGAGAUGUCUGUAUGCUACUUGGAGACUUAAUGCACCCAGAGAGAGCACACUACAUGUCCUGUUCCAUGAACAAAACCAAAGCCUUGCCAUGAUUUGAAAGCAGAACUAAAUAACUGGUGGUGUUUAAAUGUGGCUGACAUCAUACAUUGGGAAUGGGUUGGGGGAGGGAAAGGUAUAAUAACAUGGGGAGGAGAUGGAAUAAUAGCUUGGACAGAUCACAAGCACCCAUUGUCUCUUCUCUGUCAACAGAAGGUAUCAGACAAAUUUACAAAGCCAUCAGCAGGCUUUAUCUGUGGCUGGGAGCCCAGCAAAGCUACAAAGACAUAAUAAAGGCAACAAAAAUUUACCAAUUUUUCCAAAAGAAUGCCAUCAUGGUGUGAGAGAUUAUUACUCAAAUGGAGAUGAACAUGAGUUUAUCACUUGGUAUGCUAGCUUGGUCCGGAGCUCAAGUUCCAGUUAAUGCACAAUAUGUGGUAAGCAAUACGACAUGUCACCUGUAAAGAGGUUGAGAGUAAAGGGCUCAAAAUUCUUUUCUA